UCUCGAAGCUGAACGAGUGCGGUUCUCCAACUAAAGUCGAGCGAUGACAACGGAAGUGAACAAGGGUCCCAUGCUGGGUCAGCGUCAUGUGCAGACGUUUUUGCUUUUUCUUUCGAUCAUCGUCAACUACAUAGCCAAGUUCAAUGCUGGCGUUGCUGUUGUGGCCAUGACCAAUGCGGAGACCACGAAUCCCAAUUUCCCAGAAUACGAUUGGAAUGAGAUGGAGCGUUCGUUUAUCCUGUCCAGUUUCUUUUGGGGCUAUAUUCUGACCCAGUUUCUGGGCGGCUGGUUGUGUCGCCACUAUGGCGCACGCUGGACCAUGUUCUUGUCCACGUUCGGCUCGGCUAUGCUGGUGCUGCUGGUGCCCUUCUUUGUGCCCUGGGGCGGCUGGCAGGCAUACUGCGCCAUCCGUGGCUGCAUGGGCCUAUUUCAGGGUCUAUUGUUUCCCUGCCUGCAUGCCCAUCUGGCCAACUGGUGCCCGGCCACGGAGCGCAAUCGGCUGGGCGCCUUGGCCAACAUGGGCCUGGAUUGCGGCACACUGCUGGCCAUGUAUGUCAGCGGACAGGUGGCCGCCUCCAGCCUGGGCUGGCCCGGCAUCUUCUACAUCUCGUGCGGCGUGGGCGUGGUCUGGUGCGUUGCAUGGCUGAUCUUUAGCGCCGAUACGCCUAGGCAGUCGAAACUGAUCAGCAAAGCGGAGCUGAACUACAUUGAAUCAUCGAUCAUCGAUGCGAACAGCAAGCAGGAGGAGAUCAAGGCAUCGCAUGAAAUACCCGUGCCAUGGAAAGCAAUUCUCACCUCGCUGCCCUUCUGGGCGCUCUUCUUGGUGCGCUGCACCCAAUCGUGGGGCUACUCGACGCUACAGGCCGAGAUUCCCGCCUACAUGAAUGGCGUGCUGCUGCUGGACAUGAAGAGCAAUGCUUUAUACUCGGCGCUGCCCUAUUUGGCCUCGUGGAUCAUGGCCUUCAUCUACUUGAUUCUUUCCGAUAUUCUGCUAACACGAGGCACUCUCACAAUUACGGGCAUUCGUAAGACAUACAGCUCACUGGCCUCCUGGCUGCCCGCCAUUAGCCUGAUUGGCCUGAGCUUCUUAGACAGCAAUCAGAAGACCUUGGCCAUUGUUCUGAUGACAGUCAGUGUGGGCAUCAAUGCCGGCUCUACAAUCGGCAGUUGUCUCAACACCAUCGAUCUGUCGCCCAAUCAUGCCGGCAUCCUGAUGGGCAUUGUUAACACUGGCGCCAAUGUUGUGCCCAUUCUGACGCCGCUGCUGGUGGGAAUGAUAGUUAAGAAUGAGCACGAUCGCUUCCAAUGGCAGUGGGUAUUCAUUAUAUCUGCUAUCGUAUUGUUCUUUGGCAAUCUGUUCUACAUUAUCUUUGGGCGCAUGGUGAACCAGCCCUGGAAUGACGCUGACUUUCUAGAUCAUCAAAAGCAACCGCUCAGCCAGGAGGAGGGACGAGCAGCCAAAGUCAAAUCCAAAGCCUUGGAAGCACAUAAUGCUGCCGUGACUCGAUCAACGUAGCCAACGUGAUAGCAAGAAAUAUGAAGUAGCAGCGCUAAUAGAACUUAGUAAUAUCAAUUAAGAACCACUCACGGCUGUGUCGUAGAUAAACAGCAAACUCUAGUUAAUAAAUAUAUAUGUAUUUAGAGACUCAGCAAAUAAUUUCUAAUACUUCUUAUCUGAAUUCACUGAAUGA